UCUUGACAGCACCCUCAAAAUGGCAGAAAGAUGUGAGCUAGAAACCGAGUCCAAACUAAGACUCCUGCUCUCUGUUAUUUAAAACCAGACUCGCCAGUUUUGACAGAAACGAGUGGUUAUGGGGUUGGUGUCCAGCGCGGCAGGACACAGCGUGUAAAAUGGACAUUACGACGGCGGUUUUCAACGCGGCCAGAGAUGGUAAGCUAAAACUUAUCCAGAAGUUGCUGAGCAACAAAACUCCUGAGGAGCUGGAGGCUUUAGCCGAGGAGAAAACACAGGGAGGAACUCCUCUGUUGAUAGCCUCUCGAUACGGACAUUUAGAGGUUGUAGAUUACCUCCUUGAACACUGUAAAGCUAAUGUUGAACUCGGGGGUUCCGUCAACUUUGACGGCGAGACCAUCGAGGGGGCUCCGCCGCUGUGGGCGGCUUCGGCAGCCGGUCACCUCCCUGUGGUCAAGACUCUACUGAAACACGGUGCCUCAGUGAACAACGCAACACUAACUAACUCAACGCCGCUCCGAGCUGCCUGUUUUGACGGUCACCUGGAAAUCGUCCGCUACCUGGUGGAGCACAGAGCUGACAUGGAGGUCGCCAACCGCCACGGCCACACCUGCCUCAUGAUCUCCUGUUACAAGGGCCACAAGGAGAUAGCCAAGUUCCUUCUGGACCGGGGUGCUGAUGUCAACCGCAAGAGUGUGAAAGGAAACACCGCCCUCCACGACUGUGCUGAGUCAGGUAGUCUGGACAUUAUGAAGAUGCUGCUGAAGUGCAAUGCCCGCAUGGAGAGAGACGGAUACGGAAUGACCCCACUCCUCGCUGCAAGUGUAACAGGUCACACCAACAUUGUGGAGUACCUGGCCCACCAGCCUCGCACCUCCAGAGAGGAACGCAUUGAUGCACUUGAACUUCUUGGGGCUACUUUUGUGGACAAAAAGCGAGACCUCUUGGGGGCAAUGAGGUACUGGAGAAGGGCUAUGGAGCUGAGGCAGCCAGGGGACAAAGCUGGAUCCCUGGCCAAGCCUCCACCUGGUCCCCCAAUCCCUGCCUAUGGCUGUGCGCAGGAGGUGAGCACAGCAGAGGAACUGGAAGCGUUGAUCACAGACCCAGAUGAAAUGAGGAUGCAGGCUUUGUUAGUUCGAGAACGCAUCCUGGGGCCAUCCCACCCAGACACCUCUUAUUACAUCCGUUACAGAGGAGCUGUGUAUGCUGACUCAGGCAACUUUGAGCGCUGCAUCAGCCUGUGGAAAUAUGCAUUAGACAUGCAGCAGAGCAACCUGGACCCUCUCAGUCCCAUGACAGCCUCCAGUUUCCUGUCCUUUGCAGAGCUCUUCUCUUUUGUUCUUCAAGACCGGGCCAAAGGCACCUUAUCAACGCGCAUCACCUUCCAUGAUCUGAUGACCGUGCUGGGGAAAAGCGUGAGGGAGGUAGAAAGAGCUGUGGCGCAGAAGGACAACCCUCCAGAAGCUCCUCAGUUCACCAAGGCCCUUUCCAUCAUCCUCCAUCUAAUCUUUCUGCUGGAGAAGCUUGAAUGCAGCCCAGAGCAGGAGCACCAGAAGAAGCACACAGUGUACCGUCUGCUGAAGCUGAACCCUCGAGGUCGGAGCAGCUUUACCCCUCUCCACAUGGCUGUAGACAAGGAAACCACAUCUGUGGGCCGCUACCCGGUGGGCCGCUUCCCCUCCCAGGCGGUGGCAGCGCUGCUCCUAGAGUGCGGUGCAGAUGUUGAUUCACGUGACUGUGAGAACAACACGCCACUGCACAUUGCUGCUAACAACGGUUGUCCAGAGAUUAUGGCACUACUUAUGAAGGCUGGGGCUCACUUUGAUGCUACAAAUGCACAGAGGAAGACAGCCUACGAGCUGUUGGAUGAGCAGAGCAGCGGGCACCCGGCCCUCUACCCGCUGAACUACGUCACCCUUCAGUGCCUGGCAGCGCGUGCAAUUGAAAAGCACAGACUGCCCUACAGGGGACUUAUCUCUGAGGAGAUGGAGGCUUUCAUUGAGCUGCACUGACUUCCACUCCACACUCUCCCCUGAUGAGGAACCCCUGCACUACUCUUCCUGUUGUCCCUCAUACUUUACUAUGACCUGCCACAAACAUGUCAUUCUCUUCAUCUUUGUCUCUUUUGGCUUUGACUGCUUUGCUCCUGGCCCCACCAGCCUUGUGUCAGACCAAACCAUAGCAAUAAACAUCCAGCCUCUGGGCUUAAAUCUCUGUCUGAAAUCUGGUCAGUUAUCGCUUUAUUCUAACUUUAAGUCACGUGGACUUUUAAAGUGAUUGUUGGCUUCCACUGCUAUUUAAAUCUGGGAGAAACAUCAACAUGAUACAGGCUUGAAUGCAUUUUUUCCUACGUUUCUCCCACUAAAAAGGAGAGUUACGGUAUGAUGGUGCUUGUGUGUGUUUGAUGGCGGCUAUACUGAUUGAGAGAUGGGCUUUAGUGUUACUGAUAGGAAGCAUCUGAUCAAACUAGCCAGAUAACAUGCAUGAAAAUGAAGAGUGGAUACGAUAGCUCACGUGUUGUUUUUGCACAUUCAUUCAGAAAGGAUGUGUUUGAACAAACUCACAACCCAAACUCGCCUGCUGGAAAUUUUUGCCUGGCUCUACGUGUUCACAUAUACCAUCUGCCAUGCUUCUUUGGUAUGAGAAGGUGUUGAAUUUACUGUGCCAAAUGUCAGCCAUGGAGCUAUGUUCUGUUACAGACUGUAAACGGGUGGCAAAAUGAAAAGAAACUAACUUAUCUUCCAAAUGAUUAGCAGAUGUAAUAAACUGAAGUGGGGACAUUCAUGAGAAACAUAGUUCCAGAAGAUCAGCAGCUCGAGUUGUUUGAUAUUUCAGACUGUGACAUGAAUGACAGCCUGCAGAGCCAUCAUUUGAAAGACUUUUACUGAGGAUGAGUGGUGACACUGUUUUUCUAACACUCCCUGGUCUCCACACAGACGUUUAAAACCUAUGCAGUUUGUGAAUCCUCCGAUCAGAGGCAACGUUUUUUCAAGCAAAAAUUCACUGCAUAAACAGAUUUUACAUUAUUCUUCAAUUUUACAUGCUUAUCUUAACAUGAUAAUGAGUCGAAUCUGGGGCUGCUUCACUGACAAUGAAGUAGUAUCUUCUGAAUUUAUAAACUAAGAAUGUUUUCUUAAAAUUUCUGCCUAUGUCCAAAUGAACAGGAAAGAGCCUAAACUGUGCCUACAUGCCUUUACUUCUGGGUAAUGUCACCAUUAACAAAGAUAUUCAAUUCAUUGUCAAAGAAGCAGCUUCAGUAGUUGGACUUAGGUGGUGAUAACAACAGAGCUCACACUCUGCUGUUUGUAUCCACGAAGAAAGUCACAAGUUAAAUGUCCAAAAUCAUGUUUUAAUUCUGUUUUGGAGUGGAUUUUCCCUUUAACCUCAGAUGCAGUUUGCAGAAACAGAACAGAUGGCUCUCCGGCCAUUCCUGCAUCUUAGUCUUAUUUUUAAUAGUCUCUCUUUUGUUUAUCUUGUGUUAUCAUGAAUGUUUUAUUUGUCUGUCUGUGCUAAGCACUACAAGUCGAAUGCACACUGAGAAGCUCUAUAAAUCCUAAAUAGACAACUUACAUUCAGGCUAUGAAUUGUUGCUGCCUUUAUCUUUCUCAACUGAUUCGUUUAACUGAUGAUAACUCAAGAACAAAAGUGUGUUGGAGAUACUUGAAUAAAAUUCAGUAUCACAACAGGA